AUGCAUUUUCAGGAUGUUAUCAGAAUUAUCAAUUUAAUUUUGUGUGAUAAGGAUGCUACGCCAUCAUUAAGAAAUGCUGCUGUUGAGUGCCUUGAACAAUGGCUACGCUUGCCGGGCAUCGAUCUGGCUCAGUGGCAGCCGGCACUUCUACCAUUUCUUGGUAAUCCUAGCGACAGAGCGGCUUUGGCUCGAAUCCUGAAUGUGGUUUCGGCGCAUCCCGAUCUUCCAUUCAUCGAAAAUUUAGCUGUGGAUCUGAACACUUUCUUGGCCAGUAUCACUUGUUCUGUAAUUAUGGAACAACUCCGUAUGCUCAGCAAGCAGCACAGCGAAAUCAGCGAGGAGUCUCGAGCUGGUUACAUUGCCGAGCUGGAAGAAUACGGUCUUCUUGUUGCUGCUUUGGCUGAAUUUGUGGAAGUUACGAUAAGCCCGUUACUUAUGGGUUGUGUCGAGAAACGAAGUACGGAAGUACUGAGGCUUCUGUGUACAUUUUUCGAGAAAAUCUCCUUAUGGCCUGGCAUCUAUCCGAUUGAGGAAAUUGUAUCGGAUGCUGCUGAAAUGUUUUGGAAUGCGUUGAGGGAAGAUCUGCUUUCGUUGGUUGGAUCACGUGUUAGCGAAUCAGUGCAGAAGGAGGUAAGAUUCGGCUUUAUGAAUGCUUUAAGAUUCAGCUUUAAGGAGGUAAGAUUUUUAUGAAU